AUGGAACAACCUCUCAAACUGACUCCAUGUUUGAACAGAGUGUGGAGUCUUCAAUUCCACGAACACAUAAUCACAGAGCUUCUCGAAGACACCAAUGGCGGUCUCGUCAUUCUCUCUUCAGGUCUCUCUCUAUCGAAACUCAUUUCAUCUUUUCUCCUUCUUCACUCCACUUCUCAGGCAACACUUCUCAUUCUAUCUCCUUCCUCCGCCACUCUCAAAUCCAAAAUCAAUUUCCAUCUCAAAACCCUAAACCCCCAAUUCUACCAAGUCCCCGUCGAAAUCACCGCCGACCUCCCCGUUAACCACCGCCACUCCCUCUACUCUUCCGGCUCCGUCUGUUUCAUUACCCCUAGAAUCCUCAUCGUUGAUCUUCUCACUAAUAAACUACCUGCCUCAAUUAUCUCCGGACUCAUCAUCCUCAACGCUCAUUCCGUUUCGGAGACUUCCACUGAAGCUUUUAUUGUUAGGAUUUUUCGUUCUCUCAAUCGAAGUGCGUUUGUUCGUGUUUUCUCCGAUAGGCCACAAGCGAUGGUUUCGGGUUUUGCGAAGGCGGAGAGAACUAUGAAGUGUUUGCAUAUUCGUAAGCUGCAUCUUUGGCCGAGAUUUCAGGUUUAUGUUUCGCAGGAGCUUGAGCAGGACCCGCCGGAUGUUGUCGAUAUUAGGGUUCCGAUGAGUAAGUACAUGAUGGGGAUUCAGAAGGCUAUUGUUGAAGUUAUGGGUGCGUGCUUGAAGGAGAUGAGGAAGACGAAUAAGGUUGAUGUGGAGGAUUUGACUGUGGAGAAUGGGUUGUUCAAGUCGUUUGAUGAGAUUGUCAGGAGACAGUUGGAUCCAAUUUGGCAUACUUUGGGGAAACAGACUAAGCAACUCGUCUCUGAUCUCAAGACCUUGAGGAAAUUGUUGGAUUAUCUAGUCAGGUAUGAUGCGGUGACUUACUUGAAAUAUUUGGAUACACUUAGAGUGUCGGAGAGUUUUCGAUCUGUUUGGAUUUUUGCAGAGGCGAGCUAUAAGAGUGUCGGAGAGUUUUCGAUCUGUUUGGAUUUAGAGUGUCAAGUGACGCGUUUUUCUCUUUUUGUCUAUUUCAUCUUUUCUCUUUGUUUCCCUAUGAUGUUGUAA